AUGAUGUUACUAUGGAAACAGGUGUUGCUGGUAUCAGUCCUAGAGUAUUUUACAGAGUGUUUUGACUACAAGUCUUUUCAUGGACCUAAAUGGCGAAUGGAGCCCAGUGAUCUGACAGUACCUGCAGGUUUACCUGAAGAGGAGGCCACACUCACCUGUGAUGCCAAGGGCCUCCCACCACCACAAUACAGGUGGACAUUGAACGGGACUCUUAUUGAUCUGAGGAUGGACCAACGGCAUGUGCUGUCUGGUGGAAACCUGAUCAUUAGGAAUUUGGACAGGAACCAAGACGCAGGGACAUACCAGUGCACUGCAUUCAACCCUUAUGGAGCCAUCAGCAGCAGGAGAGCAAGCCUCAAAUUUGCCUAUUUGAGUCUCAAAACCCAAGCAAGAAGUGCAGUUUCUGUGCGAGAGGGGCAGGGAGUUGUUCUGUUGUGUGGAACACCGACAUAUUCAGGAGACCUUACCUUUGCAUGGGUCUUCAAUGAGUACCCUUACUUCGUCCAACAAGACAAUCGCCGCUUUGUCUCUCAGGAGACUGGGAACCUGUACAUCGCCAAAGUGGAGCCGUCGGAUGUAGGCAACUACACCUGUGUGGUAGUGAAUCGCAUCACUAAGGACAAAGUGCUCAGUUCCCCCACCCCACUGGUUCUUAGGACAGACGGAGCAAUGGGUGAAUAUGAGCCAAAAAUAGAGGUUCAUUUUCCUGACACCGUUCCAGCUGCUAAAGGAUCAGUAGUUACAUUGGAGUGUUUUGCUUUAGGGAAUCCGGUUCCAGAGAUAACAUGGAGGAGGGCAAAUGGAGUUCCGUUUCCCAGUAAAGUAAAGAUGAGGAAUUCUAAUGUGGUGCUAGAAAUUCCCAGUUUCCAGCAGGAGGACGCAGGAGGUUACGAGUGUGUAGCAGAGAACAAGAUGGGCAAAAACACAGUGAGAGGACGGCUGGCAUUUCAUGCCAAACCGCAAUGGGUGCAAACCAUGCGGGACACUGCCUUGUCCAUAGAUGAGCGGCUGUUUUGGGAAUGCAAGGCUAGCGGAAAGCCAAAGCCCUCAUACAGCUGGCUGAAGAAUGGAGAGUUGCUGGCUACAGAGAGCAGGAUUCAGAUUGAAAGUGGUGCCCUUAUGAUCAGUGCAGUAAACCUCUCAGAUGUAGGCAUGUAUCAGUGUGUGGCAGAGAAUAAACACGGCCUUAUUUACUACAGUGCUCAGCUGGUGGUGUUGGCUUCACCCCCAGACUUCUCCAAAAACCCACUGAGAGCAUUACUGAAAGCCAAGGCAGGCAGUGUGGUUAUAUUGGAGUGUAAGCCGCAAGCUUUUCCCCAAGCAGUAACCGUGUGGAAGAAAGGCAAAGACCCAAUUCAGAGCAAUGACAGAAUAACCCUCUUUCCUGAUGGAACCCUGAGAAUCACAAAUGUGACAAAGAUGGAUGGAGGAAGUUACACAUGUCUAGCCAGAAACCAGUUUGGAACCACAAGCACUACUGGAAGAUUGCUAGUCACAGAUCCGACCAGGAUUGCUCAGGGUCCAGUGGACAUGGAAAUCAUUGUGGGGGAGAGCAUCGUUCUGCCUUGUCAGGUGGCCUGUGACCCCGCUCUGGAUGUGUCUUUCUCCUGGGCUUUCAACGGUCAACCUCUCAACAGACAGGACCGACACUAUGAACAUGUGGGAGGGAGUCUCUCUGGUGAUUUGAUGAUAAGAAACAUUCAAUUAAGUCAUGCAGGAAAAUAUAUCUGCAUAGUGGAUACAGACGUCGAGAGUCUGUCAGCUGUUGCAAUCUUAAUUGUGAAAGGUCCCCCUGGACCCCCGGACUCAGUAACGGUGGAGGAAAUCACAGACAGCACCGCUCAACUCUCUUGGCGUCCUGGACGGGAUAAUGGCAGCCCAAUCACCAGCUAUAUCAUCCAAGCCAAGACGGCUUUCACUGUUGGCUGGCAAGCCGUAGACACGGUCCCUGAGGUAAUUGAUGGAAAUACACUGACGGCUACUGUAGUGGACCUGAACCCCUGGGUAGAAUAUGAGUUCAGGGUUCUAGCCCGAAAUAGUGUGGGUAUUGGAGAACCUAGUCCUACUUCUCUGAAGACAAGAACUGAAGAUGCUGUCCCUGAUGUGGCGCCUGCCAAUGUUGGAGGUGGGGGCGGCUCCAAAUCAGAGUUGGUGGUAACAUGGGAGCCAGUGCCCGAGGAGCUGCAAAACGGUGAUGGCUUUGGUUACAUCAUCGCAUUUCGGCCGCUGGGCAGCGUCACCUGGACCCACGUCGUCACGUCAGCUCCAGGACUGUCUCGAUAUGUUUACCACAAUGAAAGCAUUCCCCCAUUCUCUCCAUUUAAUGUGAAGGUUGGCACCUUCAACACCAAAGGCCAGGGCCCUUUCAGCCCAGUAACCACAGUGUUCUCGGCCGAGGAAGAGCCAGGUGGAGUGCCAGAAAGAGUUUGGGCCAGAAGUAUAUCAGCAUCUGAAAUUGAAGUCAACUGGCAGGCACCUCCCCCUACUCCUGAAAGAGUUCUGGGUUAUGAGGUUGUGUACUGGGAGGAUGACACCAAACCAGAAACUAUGGGCAAAGUGAGAAUAUCUGCCAAUCAUAAUUCUGUCAUUAUUGGUGGUCUAAAGGGAUUUAGUCAGUAUUUUCUGACAGUGAGUGCCUUCAAUACUGCUGGUACAGGCCCACUCUCCUCUUCCAUCAACGCCACCACCAAAAAAUCUCCACCUGGACAACCACCUCUGAAUGUGGAGUGGAACUUGAUUGGCUCAAAGCUCACGGUACACUGGGACCCUGUGGUUGCCAUGGAAAUGGAAUCAGAAGUCACCGGAUACCAAGUGUCUUACAGGAGGCACAGACAUAAAGAGAUAAACACAGUCACCACAAACCUGACAUCGGUCGAGCUCAGUCUACCUGGUGACGAUGAUUACGUCAUCCAGGUGAGGGCGUUGAGUGAUGGAGGGGAAGGCACGCCCACCGAACUCAUCUCCAUUCACAAACUCAGUAUGAGUGUUCGAGGUUCCAGAGCAUGGAGACCAAACCCAAUACCCCCCUUUCUCCUCUUCAUCACUGCAUUCUCCACGAUUAAGCCAACAUUGUGGGAAAGUGUUUAA